UACGUCAGACAUGGCUGUAUGGGCAUAGUUCCCUUUGCCUUACCCUUCGGGGAAAACCAACUAAAAAAAAAUAAAAAUCACUCCUCGUACAUUCAUAAAUUCAUUUCCAUUUAUUUCAUUCACUCACACUUGUGUCAUCUGUCACUGGCAUUGAUGUCACCAUAAAAGCUUUCUGUUUUUUGAAAGUGCAAAAAUAAUUAUAAAUACAACACACAAGUGUCUUUAAACGAUAACAUGAUACAUAGUUUAUUUAUUAUAAACCCCUCUGGGGAUGUUUUUCUAGAGAAACACUGGAGAAGUGUUAUUCCCAGAUCUGUGUGUGACUACUAUUUGGAAGCACAAAGAGCAUCACCUAACGAUGUGCCCCCAGUGUUGGCCGCUCCCCACCACUAUCUAAUAUCCAUACAAAGAGGGGGAGUAGCCCUCGUGGCAGCAUGUAAACAGGAAGUUGCCCCUCUAUUUGUUAUAGAGUUCUUGCACAGAGUUGUAGACACAUUCAAGGAUUAUUUCUCAGACUGUACAGAAAGUAUUAUAAAAGAAAAUUAUGUAGUUGUAUAUGAGCUUCUAGAUGAAAUGCUGGACAAUGGGUUCCCACUCGCCACAGAGAGUAACAUCUUGAAGGAACUGAUUAAACCACCAAAUAUAUUGAGAACCAUUGCAAAUACCGUCACUGGAAAGUCAAAUGUAUCAUCCAUUCUGCCGUCCGGUCAGCUGUCGAACGUGCCGUGGCGGCGCUCCGGGGUGAAGUAUGCCAACAACGAGGCUUACUUCGACGUCAUUGAAGAAGUCGACGCCAUUAUCGACAAGAGCGGCGCCACUGUCUCCGCUGAGAUUCAGGGAUAUAUUGAUUGCUGUAUAAUACUGAGUGGAAUGCCAGAUCUGACCCUAACGUUUGUCAACCCGCGGCUCUUCGACGACGUCUCAUUCCAUCCUUGCGUACGAUUUAAACGAUGGGAGGCUGAGCGGAUAUUAUCGUUCAUUCCGCCCGACGGCAAUUUCCGUCUGAUGUCAUACCACAUUGGGUCACAGAGCGUGGUGGCGAUACCCAUAUACGUGCGACACAGUCUCUUGUUGAAGUCCAACGGAGACCAGGGACGAUUAGAUUUAACUGUGGGCCCGAAGCAGACUAUGGGAAGAGUGUUAGAGAAUGUGGCACUAGAGAUUUGUAUGCCAAAAUGCGUGUUGAAUUGCUCUCUGACGGCAAACCAGGGGAAAUAUUCUUACGAUCCAGUCAGUAAGGUGCUGCUUUGGGACAUUGGAAGGAUAGAGCUCCCGAAACUACCUAACAUUAGAGGAUCGGUAUCCGUAACGUCAGGCGCGGACACUACAGGCGCGAACCCAAGUAUCAACGUACACUUCACGAUCCCACAACUAGCGGUGAGCGGUCUACGAGUCAGCCGCCUGGACAUGUACGGAGCCAAGUAUAAGCCCUUCAAGGGCGUCAAGUAUAUCACCAAGGCUGGCAAAUUCCACGUCAGAAUGUGAUGCGACGACGGCCCCUGGACAGGCCUAGAGUCCCCACACCAACCAAUGUAAAACGGACUGUUAUACUUCAAUCUCUUUAUUCAAAUGUAUAGUCACAGUUUAUCUUAAGAAUGUCUCAAUUGAAAUGUUUUAAUAUAAUAUUAAAAAGUUAUAAGUAUA